AUGCGUUAUGGAGUCUGUGGGAGCCUGAAGGCAAAAUGCCUCUUGAAUCUUGUCAGAGAAGACAACGGAGCACAAAGUUACUUCCAGCCUGGACACUUCCUCAUUGGUGGAAUUAUAUCUCCCAAAUAUUUUAUUCGACAACUUCCAUACCUCUUUGUCAAGCCCCCAGGAACCAGGAUUGAAAAUCCAUCACCUAGGUUCUACUGGCACAUCCUGUCCUUCUCCCUCACCAUCCAGGACAUCAACCAGGAUGCCAGGCUCUUGCCCAACAUCACGCUGGGCUACAAACUCUAUGAGAACUAUAUUGAUGCCAGGAUGACUUCCGAUGCCAUGCUAGACCUGCUUGCAGGCGGGGGAAGCAACAUUCCAAACUAUAGCUGUGGAAGACGCAAUAACCUGGUGGCUGUUCUUGAAGGGGCCAAUUCUGUCAUCUCAAAACAUAUUUCAGCCCUGUCAGGCAUCUACAAACUCCCACAGAUCAGUUAUGGCUUUGCUGCUCAGGUUCCUGAUGACAAAACCCAGCUCCCUUUUCUCUACCGUAUGGUCCCCAAAGAAGAAAGUCAGUACCAGGGGAUUAUUAAGCUGCUCCUUCAUUUUGGAUGGACGUGGAUUGGUCUCUUUGUUCCAGACAAUGAGAAUGGAGAAAGGUUCUUGCUUGACAUGACACCUCUGCUGAUUAGCAAUGGAAUUUGUGUUGCCUUAUCACAAAGACUAUCGGAAAAGAAUCUGUACCUUGUGCUCCACCAGAUUGCUCCAUUUGCCCUAUGGAGACAAAUCAGUGUAGUUGUUUACUACGAAAACACACAUAGGGCAUGGAUUCCAAUCAUAAUACUACAAAAAACACUUGAGAAAAAAAUAGGGACAAAAGUCUGGAUCACAACAGGCUUUCAGGACAUCAACACGUGUUUGUCUUUUGAUCCUGAAUUAUUCCAGUACAUCCAUGGUUCUUUGUCCAUUGUAAUGAAGACCAAAAAAAAGUCCAAACAUGACUUUUAUUAUCCAUAUUCCUAUCGUCUUGAAAAGUUUUUGAAGGAAGCAUUUGUUUGUUCAUAUUCUAAGCAUGUGUGGGCCAUCAAAGGUUGGACAAGAUGCACAGAGAAGGAGAACCUGGAGACACUUCCCCAAGAGGAACUUGAGAGAGCCCAGUCUCAAGACAGCUACAGAACUUACUUCAGUGUCCAAGCCAUGGCGCAGGCCUUAAAUGCUGCAUAUUCACCUAGAUCAAAGCAGAUGCUGACAAUGGGUGGAGGAGAUGGAUUGGAACUCCGAAGGCUACAGCCAUGGCAGCUUCAUGCUUUCUUAAGAGAAAUCCAGUUUUCGAAUACUUCCAUGGGCGGACUGUAUUUGGAUGAGAACGGAGCAUUGCCAGGCAGCUAUGAUAUUGAGAACUGGGUGAUGUUUCCCAAUGAGUCUUAUGUUAGAGUGAAAAUUGGAAGUAUUGAGAGAGAGGCAUCCACUAAAAUACAGCUCACCAUUAACCCAGAAGCCAUCGUGUGGCCCAAGUGGUUUAAGAAAACUGUGCCUCGCUCCAGGUGUACUGAAAGCUGUCUCCCUGGAUACGCCAAGAUGGUUCAAGAAGGAGAGCCCAUUUGCUGCUAUGCUUGUACUCCUUGUGCAGAAGGGACUAUCUCCAGUCAGGAAGAUGCAAACCACUGCACCAAAUGUCCAGAAGAUCAACAUCCAAACAAGGACCGAGUUCAAUGUAUCCCCAAGAUUAUCACCUUCCUGGAUUAUCAAGAAUAUUUGGGAAUAAUUUUAGCUUCCAUUUCCCUAUUCUUGUCCUUAACCACAGGCUUUGUGUUAGGAAUCUUCAUUAAAUACCUAGAAACCCCGAUAGUCAAAGCCAACAACAGGGACCUCUCCUACAUUCUCCUCACUUCCCUACUUCUCUCCUUUUUGUCCUCCUUCCUCUUCAUCGGCCAACCAAGCAAAGUGACCUGCCUUCUCCAACAAACAGCCUUUAGCAUCAUCUUCUCAGGUGCUGUCUCUUCUGUGUUGGCAAAAACCAUCACUGUGGUGCUGGCUUUCCUGGCCACAACGCCAGGGAACAAAAUGAGGAGAUGGCUGGGGAAGAGUCUGGCCAACUCCAUUGUCAUUUCUUGUUCCAGUGUCCAAGUCGUCAUCUGCAUCAUCUGGCUGGUGAUCUCUCCUCCAUUUCCAGAUUCUGACAUGCACUCCCAGCCUGGAGAGAUUAUCCUGAAAUGCAAUGAAGGAUCUGCUGCCAUGUUUUACACUGGCCUUGGCUACAUGGGUUUUCUGGCUGCCAUCUGCUUCACGGUGGCUUUCCUAGCCAGGAAGCUGCCUGGGGCCUUCAAUGAAGCCAAGCUGAUCACCUUCAGCAUGCUGGUCUUCUGCAGUGUUUGGGUCUCCUUUGUGCCCACCUACCUGAGCACAAAGGGGAAAUACAUGGUAGCUGUGCAGGUCUUCUCCAUCUUGGCCUCCAGUGCUGGGCUUCUGGGCUGCAUCUUCAUUCCCAAGUGCUACAUUAUUAUACUGAGGCCUGACCUGAACACAAAGGAGCAUCUAACAACAAAAACUAAAGACAUAAUCUGA